UUUGGUCUGUCUUUACCCUCUUGUCCACUACUUUGCCCUCCUUUUCUCUCUUCAAUCCCCAAGAAUACUAUUCAUCAUGGGUGCUGGCUCUAUUGAUCCUAAGAACGGAGUGUUCAUGGGUGGCUGGGGUGCCUUUGGCUGCCCUACCCCCCAGCGCAUCGCGACCUACUCCCUGUCGCCCAACCGUCAGCGCCCGCUGGCCGGUGCCUUCAACGCGGCCAUCUUUAACACCUUCCGUCGCUGCAAGGCCCAGGUGCUCUAUGUCGUUCCUCCGUUCGUUGCCGCCUACGCCGCCAUGAACUGGGCCACUGAGCGCAACCACUACCUGCAAUCCAAGCCCGGUCGUCUCCUCGAGGGUGGUGAUGAAUAAAUGGGAGGAAUCUCGUGUUUGGAUUGCGCUGUACAUUAAUUAGAGCAAUCGAUCGUUCUAUAUCUUAUUGGUCUUCCUGUACUUCUUCAUCUUUUUUAUUCUUUUCUUCUAUUUAUCCUGUUGAGAUAGACAUCUCUAGGCUGAAUUGGGUAAAAGUACCGCUGGCUGGUCAUCCGCAUCCGGACCACGCUGAAUGGUUGCAUUUCCCCCACUCGUCUGAAAUUUAUGCAAGAAAACAUGAUUCUAG